CAAAAUUCUCUGCAGAUUUAUAUCAAAAAUUAGACCAUUUCGAUGUUAUGUACAACAAUCAGAUAAUUUCAACUUGUUGCAAAAUGCCUAUGCCUCAGAUCAACAAAACAACAGGAUUAAGAUGGAGCCAAGUUGCAUUUUAUGCUAUUCUAAUUGCACUUGGGCUAAUUGUUGCAAUACCACUCAGCCAGUGCACCAUGGACUUCAGUGGGAACUGUAUCCUAUUCACCAAGCUGGUAUAUAAAACAUCACAUAAUAUAGAGAAUGGUACCACAUUGAAUAUGCAGAGUUUGAGCAUGGAAUGGGCACCUAUUGAUAUAUGUUGGUAUUGUACGUAUCUCAGUGUCUUCAUUUCCAUUUAUGCUGUCAUUUGGGGAUGGUUCUUCGUUCUCUAUAGUGGCACAGAUAUCACGUACUGGAGCAGAAUUCGUUUGCUAAUAGGAUCUGUUGUGAUGGAUGGAGUUAUAUUCAUAUGUUCCUUUGUGGCAAGUCUCCGUAUAUCAUUUGGCUUUGCUGUAUGGUGUAACAGUGUGCCUCAAGGGAACCGCAGUCCGACACCAGUACCCUAUACCUGUCAACAAAUAUCGGAAUUCAAAUGGGAUGUUCCUAAUGGAGAAAGAUUCUAUGUAAACAUAACGAUAGCACAGAUUGCAUCUUGGAUCACAACAUUUGUAUUUGGAGUGCUUGUCAUUACAUCAAUCUCCAAGAUUUACACAUACAUUUACAAGCCCCACCUACUGUCAGAAUCUGUGACUGAAAGCAAUCGAAAAGAUACAGUAUUAACUAUUGACAAUCCAAUGUACGAUUUGGAGCAGCAAAGUACAACCAAAAAAUCACCUAAGAAAGAAAAACUUGAUAAACAGGCAUUAGUUGAACAUGAUCAAUUAGCUGAGAAUUAUGGAACAAUAGAUGAUGUUAAAACAAAAGGAUCGGUUGAGAAACCUGAAAAUAUUGCAGCUAGUUCAAAAGCUUUAAACGAUGUUGAAAUGGUUAAAGAAACAGAUGCUAUUGUUCAUGAUACAGGCACUGGUGGACAUGGUCCAAAACCAAAUGAGAGUGACUGUUAA